UCAACCAGAUGGGCGGCGUAUACGUCAACGGCCGACCACUGCCCGACCACAUCCGACACAAGAUCGUGGAAAUGGCUCACUCAGGCGUACGUUCCUGCGACAUCUCCCGCAUACUCCAAGUCUCAAAUGGCUGUGUAUCCAAGAUCCUCGCUAGGUGAGUGUACGCGGGCCGCUGUCUCCCUAACCCCGAGCUCUCUGGUAUCCCUUGCAGGCCAUAGCGGAGUCAACCAACUGGGGGGCGUGUACGUGAACGGCCGCCCCCUGCCUGACUCCACGCGGCAGAAGAUUGUGGAACUGGCCCACUCUGGUGCCAGACCUUGCGACAUCUCCCGCAUACUUCAGGUGUCCAAUGGCUGCGUCUCCAAGAUCCUGGCCAGGUACUACGAGACCGGGUCUAUCAAACCUCGCGCCAUCGGCGGCUCCAAACCUCGCGUCGCUACACCUCACGUCGUUAACAAAAUCGCGGACUACAAGCGCGAAUGUCCGUCCAUCUUCGCCUGGGAGAUCCGCGACCGUCUGCUGUCUGAGUGCGUCUGUACCAACGACAACAUUCCCAGCGUGAGUACCCUUCUGCUUGCUUCCACGAAGGUGUUACGCAAGAACACUGUAUUAUACAGGACUCGCUGUAUCAUUCAGGCCAAUUGUGAACAUAUACCAGAUUUGUCUGAAAACUAUAACCCAAAAUGCUGUACUGAUAUUCAAGUUAUCAUAUAUUUUUUAUACACAAGUUCAUCAUAA